AUAAAGAAGAAUAGCUUGUCAAAUUAAUUAUAAUAUUGUUGUAUAAUAUUUUUAGAAAUGGACAGAGACGAUAAUGCAAAUCUUGAUGUAGAAUAUAACAGAUAUUUACAAAUUUUACAUCCUUACAUUGAACAAUUACUGGAUCUAGAAGAUAUAGAAUUAUGUAACGCUUGGAUCCGAAGACUAUCAGACUAUAAAGAAGAUGAAAAAACUCUCCGUAACAAAUACCUCUUUGCACUCUGCUGCCAAUUGGCAAAAGGUAUUCUUAAGCAUCCAUUCUGUAGUCUUCCUCCACCCAACGAACUACCUAUGCUAGAAGAAGCUAGCGAUGAUUCUCUUUCAGAAGGAGGUAGUAACUUUACACUGGGCUUUCAAAAUAGUAACGGAGAACUAUUAAUUGGUUCAACAACUUUAUCAAAAACCAUAUUGCAACCAAAAGACAGCGAUCUUACCGCAGGUUCGCAUUCUAUUCAAAAAAAUGUAGAUGAUAUUGAUAAAGAAGAAGAAGAUGAAAUAAAACUCCUUACAGAUACCUUAGUUGGUUCUUCCAACUCCACUGUUGCUAAUGUAUGCUAUCCAGAAAUAUUAAAAGAUCUGUCAAAAUUCGUUAAUUCUGAGGAUAAUGUGUAUUUGAGAGUUAAUAACCUUAUUGACAAACUGAGGCAAAUCAAGAAACAAAAUACAUUAUUGCUUAAAGAAUUGCAAGCAUUAAAGGAAGAAUCGAUAUCCAGACAAAAUAUUCUUCAAAUCCACUGCGCCACUAAUACUAGUAUCAGUAUUAAAGCCAACGAUAGUACAGAAAUUGAUACAAAUGGCAAUUUGGGUACAUACGACGUUGAGUGUCAAAAUGACUUAGGCAAAAUAUGUCAACAGCAGUCAUUGGAAAUUGAAGAAUUGAAAAAACGGCACGAAAUAGAAUUAAAUAACAUAAAAACUGCUGCACAGCGAGAGAUACAAGAUAUUUAUGAAAAAAAUAUACAAGCUAUAAAGCAAGAAUACGAAAUAAAAAUAAAAGAAAUGAAAACAAAACAUGACAAUGAAAUUAAUAAAUUGAGAGCUUCGCUAAUAGAUGUGAAUUUUGAAAAAGAAAAUAUAAUAGCUCUUAAAAAUCAUGAAUUAAUUAAUUUACGCGCAGAACUGGAAGAAGCAAAAGCUAACAAUUCAGUUUUGAGGAGCGGCUUUGUUAAGGCAUGUAAUGACUUUAAUUCUGAAACAGUUAAGGAAAAAGCGUUAGAAUUUGAGAAAAGAUUAUACAAAAUAGAAAAAUCAAAAAAUAAACAUGUUAAAGCGUAUCAAAUGCAACUGGCGAGUCUGCAACGUGACAAAUGUUUACUCGAUAGUUCGCUCCAUCUUCAACUUCUCAAGCAACGCACUGAAUUGCUAACAGAGUUUACAGAAGAAAAUCAAAAAGAAAUAUUAACUACUGUGGAAAAAUUGGAAGGAAAGUAUAAGGAGAUGGUAGCGAAUGUCCAAGCAUCUGCUAUACAAAGAAGAAUUCAGGAUCAAAUAGCUCUGGAAACAGUAGUACACGCAGUAUAUGGUGGUGGAUUUAAGAGCGGCCAUACGACAUUCAAACCUACCCAUAACAAUGUUCUGAAAUCUAAGUCACUGAGAAACCAACAAGAUAACGGCGAGGAUCUAUUGGCAUCACUUCAACUGAGUAGUGUCGGCAAGAACUCAAAAGAUAAAGAGAUUUCUAAACGCGAAGAUGACUUGGUGGCAGGCUUUUGUUUGGAUGAAGGGAAAUUGGAAGAGUUAUAUGAAAGGGUUCAUAUUCCCCAACGGGAUAUUUGUAACAAUUAAUCUUUACCUAAACUAAAAUAUUUAGAAUUUUUCAGCAAAUACAAAAAUGGAAAAAAUCACAAAAAAUGUUUCAAUGUGUGAUGUAUCGCGUUAUUCGGUUAAGGAAUUCGGUCAGAUUUCUCAUCUAAAUUUUAAUUUUAUAUAAAUGCAAAGUAAAAUGAUAAAAUACGUGAUAAACGACUUUAAAUUUUUAGACAAACUUUAAUCAUCAAAAUAUAAAAGUGUAACAUAUUGUUUAAUGUUAAUUAAAAUGCCAAAUUGAUUUUGUGACAUCUUGGAAUCACUGAUCGAAAAUUUAAUUUCCACCUCCGCGGAAAUUGUUAAAAUUAAUUUGUUAAUACAAAGGUCGCUGCUCGUACAAUUUGACGGCACUUGUUCUCUUCGACGCUCGGUUCGUCGUUGUCGCCGAAUUUCACAAUGUCAAUUUGAUCAAAGCCAUUUAUAGAAAUUAAAAGGAUUGUACAGACUGUUGAGGAAAUAUUUGUAAUGAGAAAAUGAAUUACUAUCUCUGAUUUGAUUUUUGUUGGAUUUUAGGAAUGUCAUCGUAGAAAAAAAUAUUGGCCUUUAAAUUAAUGUUUUAAUUUAGUUAUCUAUUA